GUAGCCAUGGCGACCACAGUGGCGGGGGAGGAGGGGCCAACCGUGCGGUGGGUGUGGUUGGCCUUGCACCGGAGCACAUUCCCACCCCAGGAGCAGCCCUAAGCUGGCAGGCAGCCAUCGAUGCUGCGCGGCAGGCAAAGAUGAUGGGCAACGCUGCUUCAGGCGGCGGGGCGGGACUUGGGUCAGGUGGGGGCGGCCCCAUUUCUACAGCCAGCUCCACGCAAAGGAAGAGACAACACUACGCUUCUAAACCCAAGAAACAAACCACAACGACAGCCACAAGGCCGCCAAGGGCACUACUCUGUCUCACACUCAAGAACCCUAUCCGCCGGGCUUGCAUCAGCAUCGUAGAGUGGAAACCAUUUGAGAUCAUCAUCCUGAUGACCAUCUUUGCUAACUGUGUGGCCUUAGCUGUCUACAUCCCCUUCCCUGAGGAUGACUCUAAUGCCACCAACUCCAACCUGGAGCGUGUGGAGUACCUGUUCCUAAUCAUUUUUACGGUGGAGGCGUUUCUCAAGGUAAUAGCUUACGGCCUGCUCUUCCAUCCCAACGCCUACCUGAGGAACGGCUGGAAUCUGCUUGACUUCAUCAUUGUAGUAGUAGGGUUAUUCAGUGCGAUUUUGGAGCAGGCCACAAAGGGAGAUGGGGCCACUCCGAUCGGAGGGAAGGCGGCAGGCUUUGAUGUCAAAGCUCUGCGAGCAUUCAGAGUCCUAAGACCGCUACGACUGGUCUCUGGAGUACCCAGUUUACAAGUCGUGUUAAACUCCAUAAUCAAAGCCAUGGUUCCUCUGCUCCACAUUGCCCUCCUGGUCCUUUUCGUCAUCAUUAUCUAUGCCAUCAUCGGCCUGGAGCUCUUCAUGGGCAAGAUGCAUAAGACCUGCGUUUACAACCACUCAGGCACAAAUGCAGAGGAAAAACCAGCACCGUGUGCCCCUGAUGGAGCUUAUGGUCGGCACUGCAUGCAGAACGGAACAAAGUGCCAAGUUGGUUGGGAGGGCCCCAAUGAUGGCAUUACCAACUUUGACAACUUUGCCUUUGCCAUGCUGACAGUGUUCCAGUGUAUAACCAUGGAGGGCUGGACGGACGUGCUGUACUGGGUGAAUGAUGCAGUAGAUUACAGGUGGCCUUGGGUCUAUUUUGUCACCUUGAUCAUCAUCGGCUCCUUCUUUGUGCUAAACUUGGUUUUGGGGGUGUUAAGCGGAGAGUUUUCCAAGGAAAGAGAGAAGGCCAAAGCACGCGGUGACUUCCAGAAACUACGAGAAAAACAGCAACUGGAGGAAGACCUAAAGGGCUAUUUAGACUGGAUAACUCAGGCUGAAGACAUUGACCCAGAGAAUGAAGAAGAGGGCUUGGAUGAUGACAAACCCAGAAACCGUAAAGGUCGUCAUUUUCUCUCUCUGCGUGGAGCCGUGAAGAAAAACGCGGCUUUUCUUCGUAAGGCGUUGAGUAUGCCAGCCAGUGAAAACGAAUCAGUCAACACAGAUAACGCCCCCGGAGGAGACGUGGAGGGGGAGACAUGCUGCACCAGGCUGGCAACUAGGAUCUCCAAAUCCAAGUUCAGUCGCUACUCUCGGAGGUGGAACAGGUUGUGUAGGCGAAAGUGUCGAGCAGCAGUCAAGUCCCAGGUUUUCUAUUGGCUCGUCAUCUUCUUGGUUUUUCUCAACACCCUGACCAUCGCUUCUGAACAUCACAAGCAACCGCAGUGGCUAACAGACGUACAAGAUAUAGCAAACAAAGUAUUGUUAGCACUCUUCACGGGUGAGAUGCUGCUAAAGAUGUACAGUCUUGGCUUACAGGCGUACUUUGUGUCGCUCUUCAACCGGUUUGACAGCUUCGUAGUAUGUGGAGGAAUACUAGAAACCAUUCUAGUUGAAACAAAGAUCAUGUCUCCUCUUGGCAUCUCGGUGUUACGCUGUGUGCGCCUUUUAAGAAUAUUUAAAAUAACAAGAUAUUGGAACUCUCUCUCCAACCUCGUGGCCUCACUACUCAACUCAGUUCGCUCCAUCGCCUCCCUGCUACUUCUGCUCUUUCUCUUCAUCAUUAUCUUCUCCCUGUUGGGCAUGCAGCUCUUUGGGGGGAAAUUCAACUUUGACGACACCCGACGCAGCACCUUUGACAACUUCCCGCAGUCUUUGCUCACUGUGUUUCAGAUUCUGACAGGAGAAGACUGGAACUCUGUUAUGUAUGAUGGCAUCAUGGCGUACGGCGGCCCAUCUUUUCCUGGCAUGCUGGUCUGCAUCUACUUUAUCAUCCUCUUCAUCUGCGGAAACUACAUCCUACUGAAUGUCUUCUUGGCCAUCGCUGUUGACAAUCUAGCAGAUGCUGAGAGUCUGACAUCAGCUCAGAAAGAAGAGGAGGAGGCAAAGGAGAGGAAAAAGCUGGCAAGGCUCGCCAGUCCAGAGAAGCGUCAGGAAAACGAGAAGCCACCAAUAGAGGAAAAGAAGAGUGAGAAGAUUGAACUGAAGUCUAUCACUUCUGAUGGAGAGACUAACACUGCCACAAAGAUUAACAUGGAUGACUGUUGCGGAGAGGAAAAUGAAGAGAAGAAUCCAUAUCCUGCAAAUGAUUACAUAGGAGAUGAGGAUGAGGAUGAGCCGGAGAUGCCGGUAGGCCCGAGGCCACGGCCACUCUCUGAUAUCCACCUAAAAGAGAAGGCUGUUCCAAUGCCAGAGGCCCGCGCCUUCUUCAUCUUCAGCCACACUAAUCAAUUCAGGGUUUUUUGCCACAAGAUCGUCAACCACAACAUCUUCACCAACCUCAUCCUGUUCUUCAUCCUGCUCAGCAGCAUCAGUCUGGCAGCUGAGGAUCCGGUCAAGAACGACUCCUUUAGAAAUCAGAUCCUGGGCUAUGCAGAUCAUGUCUUUACUGGACUCUUCACCAUUGAGAUCAUUCUUAAGAUGACAGCAUAUGGAGCUUUCCUCCAUAAAGGUUCAUUUUGUAGAAACUAUUUCAACAUCCUGGACUUGGUAGUGGUCAGCGUUUCUCUCAUUUCUUCUGGGAUACAACUAGACUUCUCGACGUCCAGUGCAAUUAAUGUUGUAAAGAUCCUGAGAGUCCUGCGAGUGCUGAGACCGCUGAGAGCCAUCAACAGAGCCAAAGGACUAAAGCAUGUUGUGCAGUGUGUUUUUGUGGCCAUCAGGACCAUCGGCAACAUCGUCAUUGUCACUACGUUGCUCCAAUUCAUGUUCGCCUGUAUUGGAGUGCAACUAUUCAAGGGCAAGUUCUUCUUCUGUAGUGACAGCUCCAAACAGACUCAGGCAGAGUGCAGAGGUUCCUACAUCAUGUAUAAAGAUGGGGAUGUAGGGAAACCAGAAAAAGCCCUGAGAAUGUGGAGGAACAGCGAUUUCAACUUUGAUGAUGUCCUGCAGGGAAUGAUGGCUUUGUUUGCUGUGUCUACAUUUGAGGGGUGGCCAGGGUUACUGUACCGAGCCAUAGACUCUCACACUGAGGAUGUUGGUCCAAUCUACAACUACCGCGUGGUCAUCUCUAUAUUUUUCAUCAUCUACAUCAUCAUCAUCGCUUUUUUCAUGAUGAACAUUUUCGUCGGUUUCGUCAUCGUCACAUUCCAGGAGCAAGGAGAGCAGGAGUAUAAGAACUGUGAGCUGGACAAGAAUCAGCGUCAAUGUGUGGAAUACGCCUUGAAGGCUCGUCCGCUGCGUCGCUACAUUCCCAAGAACCCUUACCAGUACAAAGUGUGGUAUGUGGUCAACUCCACCUACUUUGAGUACCUGAUGUUCACACUCAUCCUCCUCAACACUAUCUGUCUGGCCAUGCAGCAUCAUGGGCAGACCAAAAAUUUCAAUGAUGCAAUGAACAUCCUCAACAUGCUCUUCACAGGACUUUUCACGGUAGAGAUGAUCCUAAAACUAAUCGCCUUCAAGCCCAGGGGGUACUUUAGUGAUCCCUGGAAUGUGUUUGAUUUCCUCAUCGUAAUUGGCAGCAUAAUAGACGUCAUUCUCAGUGAGAUCAACCCAGCUGACUCGUCCUCGUCCUCGUCCUCCUCCUCCUCCUCCUCUUCCUCUUCUUCCUCCUCUCACCCCCAUGUGGUAAGGCCAAUGGGACUUCAGAAUUCUGAAGAGAACGCCAGGAUCUCCAUCACCUUCUUCCGGCUGUUCCGCGUGAUGAGGCUGGUCAAGCUGCUAUCUCGCGGGGAAGGGAUUCGGACCCUGCUGUGGACCUUCAUCAAAUCGUUCCAAGCUCUGCCCUAUGUAGCUCUGCUAAUAGUGAUGCUCUUCUUCAUAUACGCUGUCAUCGGCAUGCAGAUGUUUGGUAAGAUAGCACUGCAGGACCACACGCAGAUCAACAGGAACAACAAUUUCCAGACGUUCCCUCAGGCAGUCCUGCUCCUCUUCAGAUGUGCGACUGGUGAGGCGUGGCAAGAGAUCAUGCUGGCAUGCUCGCCCAAUCAACCAUGCGAGAAAGGGUCAACCAAUGAAACCAGCUCAGCCCAUGAGGACUGCGGCAGCCAGUUUGCCAUCAUUUACUUUGUCAGCUUCUACAUGUUGUGUGCCUUUCUGAUCAUCAACCUCUUUGUGGCUGUAAUCAUGGACAACUUUGACUAUCUCACCCGGGACUGGUCAAUUUUGGGGCCACAUCAUCUUGAUGAGUUUAAGAGGAUAUGGGCAGAAUAUGACCCAGAGGCUAAGGGGAGGAUAAAACACCUAGAUGUAGUCACUUUGCUUCGGAGAAUUCAGCCUCCUCUCGGUUUUGGAAAGCUCUGUCCACACAGGGUGGCGUGCAAGCGCCUGGUGUCAAUGAAUAUGCCUCUGAACAGCGAUGGAACCGUUAUGUUCAAUGCCACAUUGUUUGCAUUGGUCAGAACUGCCCUCAGGAUCAAGACAGAAGGUAAUCUAGAGCAGGCUAAUGAGGAGCUAAGAGCAAUUGUGAAAAAGAUUUGGAAGAGAACCAGCAUGAAGCUAUUGGAUCAAGUUGUGCCCCCUGCUGGUGAUGAUGAAGUUACAGUUGGAAAGUUCUAUGCCACCUUCCUCAUUCAGGAAUAUUUCCGCAAGUUUAAAAAGAGGAAAGAACAAGGUCUAGUGGCCAAGGUACCCCCCAAAACGGCCCUUUCUCUGCAGGCUGGCCUGCGGACACUGCACGACAUCGGUCCAGAGAUAAGGAGGGCGAUCUCUGGAGACUUGAAUGUGGAGGAGGAGAUGGACAAAGGCAUGAAGGAGUCAGUGUCAGCUGCGUCUGAAGACGAUAUCUUCAGGCGCACAGGUGGCUUGUUUGGCAACCAUGUCAACUAUUACAACCAGAGUGAUGGUCGUGGAUCCUUCCCACAGUCCUUCACUACUCAGCGUCCGUUGCACAUCAGCCAGAAGGGCUCUCCUUGCGAAGGCGAAAGCCCGUCCCACGAGAAGCUGAUGGGCUCGACCACCUUCACCCCUUCAUCUUACUCCUCAUCAGGUUCAAAUGCCAACCUCAACAACGCCAAUAACACUGGAAUGACAGGAGUGACUCCCCAGGGCAUCACCCGAUUCCCAAGCCCAUCCAUAAGCACCGUGGACGGGCACACAGACCAGCCGCUCACACCCAUCCUGCUGCCAAGAUCAGCAUGGUGCUUCCCUCCGAAAAGCUCGGACUCGAGUGACAGUCGUCUGCCAAUCAUCCAGAGAGGGGAGGGGUCAACAGAGGAGACAUACGAUGAGAGUUAUGGUGACGACAGGGAGUACCAGGAUGAUGAGCACUCACUUUCUUCUGACAUGUUGGUGUAUCAUGAUGAAACAUGUAAGCAGCUGACUCCAAUGGAGGAAGCAGAAGAAGUAGAGGGACAAAGAGGAGGAGGAGGAUGGCAGUCUCCAAGAAGAGUCUUCCUCUGUCCAACUACUCUGGGACGGAGAGCUUCUUUCCAUCUGGAGUGUCUUCGGAGACAUUCGAGGCCAGAUGUUUCCCAGAAGACUGCUGUACCUUUACAUCUUGUACAUCAUCAGGCUCUGGCAGUGGCAGGGUUGAGUCCCCUUUUGAGAAGGAGUCACUCACCUACUCUCUUCAGCCGGCUGUGUUCCACCCCUCCAACCAGCCCCACAGCCCAAAGCAGUGAUGCCUCUUACCAGCAGGUUCCCUCUCUGAGGCUAGAGGGGUCUAACUCUCAUGAAAAGCUAAAUACCAGCUUGCCUUCUGUCAAUUGUGGGCCCUGGUACAGUGACAGUAAUGGGAAUAGUCCUGUGGCCAGUCCUAGCCCCACGCCGGGGUCAAGUCAACGAGCACGGCGGCCGGUGUCACUUACUGUGCCAUCGCUUUUGGGGAAGGACCCGAGCUCGCUCUCUCAUGGCAGUGCAGGCAGCCUGGUGGAAGCGGUUCUUAUAUCAGAAGGUUUGGGUCAUUUUGCCCAGGACCCUUCCUUCAUUGAGGCAACCAAAGCCGAGUUGGCUGAUGCCUGCGACAUGACCAUUGAGGAGAUGGAGCAUGCAGCCAGCAACAUUAUCAACGGCAACACAGCCACAAACCCCGCAUCCAGCACCACUCCCACCUCUCAGCACAGCCCCAAUGGCAGCCUGCCCUGCCACAAUGCAGCAGCAGCAGCUGUACCGCACAGGGACCGAGUCAUCAGUUUGAGUCCGGGUGACGCCGGGGCAGAGGCCGGAGGGGUGAGAGGCUACAUCCAUGGUCCAUCCUCUAUAGAGGAGCGACAGGAACUGCUAGCUAGUGGGGGAGGGCGAGAAGAGGAGGAGGAGGAAACAAAUGUGAGAGAAGAGCGAUCCCACAGAAGUUCAGCUGUGGUUGCAGGAACGCAACAGAACAACAGCAGGCUUUUGGAGGAUGACGAUUUGGAGUGCGUUACGAGCUUGUAGGGGCCACCUCAGCAGCGUUGAUCAGCAAACUGGCCCCUCUGGUGCCACCAGAGGCUGAGGUUUGCCAGUGCUGGCGAACAGUAUGGCGGCUGGUUGGUUCACUCUGUCACUCUGGACAAUGGCGGCCAGCGAUGCACCUUUAACACAAGAAGACUUUUCGGGUUUAACUGAGCUAGUAUGUGCGUCUGCAGUAAAGUAUACCAGACAAUAUACUAUCCGAGUGUGUGCUUCUGUGUGUCUGUGUGUGUGUUUUCUCUAUUUGUACCCGUAUGUGUGCGUUCACCACACGUGUCAGAGUGUGGCUCUAAAGUGCCUCACAGUUUUAUCAUGUCCUCAACGUGGGAUGAGCAGGAAAAUGGAGACAAGCAAAAAAAAAAACGACAAAGGACAGACUAAAUGGAAUAAAGAUCAAACAAAGAAGCAGGAAGUACUUUUGUGGACUUGCUGCCAGUAAGAUCGUAUGUUAAUGUUUUCAUUUCCUAUGCCUAAUUUAGUGGUGUGUGUUAUUGUUGUUUGACUGGCCGCCAUAAUGCCAGGUAGGGACCAGAGACCAGCUCGUGGGAGGUCACUUGAGGAUUACCAUCUGACCACCGCUCACCUGUGGUCAACGGUCGACUCCUUUGUUCAACAAAGAUGAAGCGCUGUAUUGUGUAAAAUUGGGAUGAGAAUUCCCUUAAAUCUCAUUUAUCCUCCUCUUCCAAAGCUAUGGGAACCUGUAGUCCUGCCAGCCUGGGAGUGGAUUUAGAAUGAAGUGUCGACCACAGCCAGGUGUGGAAGGAAGGAUUGGAGAGAUGAAUCAACAGCCAGAAGAGGGCUGUUACAGAAAGGGGGAAACUUCCUGGCCAACAGGGAGCUAGCAGGCUCUUUCUUCUCAGCUGGUUAGUAAGACUUCAGCUUGAGACAAACUCGCCUCGAGAUAGUUCCACCCCAUCUGCCCUUUUCUUUGUUUGGCUGCCCCAAACGAGAAACAAAAAGAGUGGCAGGUGGUUAAGCAGAUACAGAAAGACCCCCCUUUUCUGCCUCAUACCUCAGAGUUCCUCACAAUUUCUCUAUCCUUCCUCCCUCUCCUUUGCUACCUUCUUACCCUUCUCCUCUUUGUGCUGGAUUUCUUUGCUUUAUUCAGCACUCGAGGAGCUGUAUGCUUGUCAUGCGGGGCCAACAAAAUCGAAGGGUAGAGGAGAGAACCGAAGUGACCGAUUGCAAAGAAAAACAAAAAAAAGACUCUGGUCAUGGGGGAUCCACAGCAGAUCUGCCGUCAAUCAACCUCACUUCCUUCUCCGGGGCACCCCUCUUCCUGUCAGCUUGGAAUCCUGUCGGAUUUGCUGCCACACACUCUUUCUACAGACCGCGCCCACUAUGUAUUAAACAGUUCAAUAUUGUGCAAAACUGGCUAGCCAUGACAAUAUUUUGUUUUAUAUUCAUGACGUUAUUGUUUUAAUUUAUCUUUGAUUUGUUUGCACAAUCGGGGUGCUGGUCUUAUAAAUGUAUUUUUGCUCGGUUUAUUUUUAGGAAAAAUUUUUUAGAGGUUUUAAGUAUCGAAGCAGGGCGUAGUGUGCGGGCGAGUGUGUAACUAUAAUUGUGCGUUGAUAUGAGUGUCUGCGUUUUAGUACAACCUAUGAGUGUGUGAGGUAGUGCGUGUGUUGGAGGGUCUUUCUCUCUAUCUGUAUGCACCUUUUACAGAUUCUAUCUAUUUAUUUAUUUAUUUUUUCCAGAAGAGAAAGUCAGUGGGAAUGUGUGCGUGCGCAUGUCUGUGUGUGCGUGUGUUCUUGUGUACUAUAAAAAGCAGAUUUUAAGCCUAUACAGUAAAUUAAGGUAGCAUUACAAAUAUGUUAUGUGUGCAAGAGAGGGUGUCUGUGUAGUAAUGGGCCUCCUUAACACAGGGUUACCAUGGACAGGCAUACUUCCAAAGCUUUGUGGUUACUUUAGGAUGUUUUAUACUUUUCUCAGCCAAAUGUCAAAGUCACUCUGAUUUUAAAUUCUAGCCAAUGCAUAACUGUUCUUUACAGCCCCAUUUGGAAAUUGAUAGGAUUGAGGUCCGCUGCCAGAUCAAACUAAGGAAUCAAGGUGUAUUGUUUUGCAUUUGUCCAAAAGUUAGAAAUGCUUUUGCGUAGGGAUGUCCUGAACCGGAAUAUUUGCCUCCAAUAAACAAAACCAUUUAAAAACAAAAUCGAAUACAGAGUUGCAACCCAAUACAUCAUCUAGAUUGAUAUAUGCCUGACAAUUCUGUAAUUUUAAACUGGCACUUUGUGAAAAAGUGAAUGACAUAAUUUUAACUAUGAUUAAUUGCAUUUCUUUUCAGUUUAUGCUCCUCAGCCACACUUAUACAGCACUGCUUUCAGACCUUUAGAAUCUGUAGGAUUUGUUUAACUAGGAUAAUACAUUAAAAAGUGUAAAAUUAAUCCACAAGAGUAAAGAAAUAGAGUGACAUCUAUCAACCAUAAAGAGGGUUUAGAAAGUCAUUGUCAGAGUCCAACAGAUCACCAGGGACACCAUUAUCCACAAAUGAGGAAAACCCAGAUUAGUAAUUAACUUUCCCAGGAGAGGAAGGAGAAACAAAACGGCAUCUUGUAAUUACUCAGGAAAUCUUUUUUUAUCGAUAUUAAAAAAUAGUUGGUUCUCUGAAAUAUUUAUUAGUGGCCAAAACGCAAAAGCAGGACAAAUCUGUAAGGAGAUAAACCCUCCCUUCCCUGUACCUAUUUAUAGCAGGGAGAAUACUUUGUCAGUUCCCUUAAGAUUCUGUAUUUUAGGUGAUUUGUGGAUUUAAUUUUCCAAUGACACAACGUUUGCAGUGUCUGUUUUUCUAAACAGCGGCAGAAAUUUUGUCCUUUCACCAGUUUACAGUCAUUAAUAAGCUCACAUUUCUUACCCUUUCAUGCAGAGCAUUAUGCUGUAGUACUAAGCUAAUGCUAAGAGGUUUUACACUCUUUUUCGUUAAAACUUGUUUUUAAUGAGGCUUGUAGGGUAUUGCAAAACAGCUCCAGUUAAUUGUCUUUGGAAUAAACUUAAGAAAGAUGUUUUUCUCUUGAUUCAUAAACUUUGACAUUUCUUUAUAACCUCUCAUUUCUACCAUAGUUUCUACAGUAUCUAGAAUAUAGCCAUGGGUACUAAAAUAAGCAUUGUUUAUUUUAAAACAGGCUGUGCAAAAGGAAUACAGUAAAAGGACUGGUCUCAGGAAUGGAGAUUAGUGUUCGGACUCGGGACAUCCCUAAUUCUAACAGUUGUCCUUAUUCACCAUUUCUUAAUAAGAGAAAUGUUAAAAUGUAUUACUGCCACAAUGACACAUCCAUGAAUAAUUAGGGAUGAUGUCAAGUUUCUGUAAGACUUCUCUAUUGAACCUCUGUGUUCUAGACUCAUUUCACAAUAUAUAUAUAAAUAUAGAUUUUCUGUGUAAUUCCAACCACUGAGAGUCGGCAAGAGUCAUCAUGUAUGAUUGUUGUUCAGGUCAGAUUUGUGAGCUUGAACAGAUAACUGCUGUGAGAUAAUUUUGUUCUCUCUCUUUAAUAAAAAAUAGGUAGCAGAGUCAGUAUUUUAUACUAAAUUCACAUUCAUUAAUUAAUUGUAAUGUGAAUUCACUUGAGAAAAAGUCAUAGCAGGUUGUACUUUGAGCUGCAGCUCCUUCAAGAAUUUUUCUAACUAAAUUUAGAAAAACAUUGGAUUAUUGUAAUUGUAAUGCAGAUAACUAUAAAAACAAUACUAAUAUUUAGCUGAUAUAUAAAAGAGUUCCCAUUUUUAUUUACAACAGCUACAGCUGAACCAAAGUCAUCCACAAGCCUUUGUAAAAGUAUUACUGACAGCAGCAGUUUUAAGUUAAUUCUAUGUUGCAAAAGCUCCUGCUGUCCCUUGGCCCUUUUUUAUUAAUACAAUUGACAUCAAUUUUUUUACAGCUCACACAGAAAUAGCUUCAUGUAUUAAGAUACAGUAUGCCCAAAAUGUUCUUUUUUCUUGGAUUUUCCAUCGCUGUUGAGCUCUUCAAAUGAAGCAAAGCAGGUUUGUGGCAGCGUACAGUAUGCAUAAACACACUGCCAUACACUGCAUCCUGUGCCAGUAAGACUUCUGUCAUUAUUAUGCAAUCUAAAUGUGAAUGUUGAGUGUGCUGAAAGUUUCCAUGCUGUUGUUUUAUUUGUGAUUUUUUGACCAUAUUUUAACUCCCGAAAAAGCCUGUGUUCUCACUUUCCCAAAUUUCUCCAGGAGCCUGUGGCUUUAUUAAGAGAUUCUUUGAAUUUUCUCAGUUAAUCUGAACACUUAAAAUUUUUCAACCCAAACUUAAAGGCAAUUUAUUUGUCCUUUGCUCAUUUCUCAUUUAAGCUAUUAUAACUGAAUGUCUAAAAGAUGGAGAGAUAGAGUUGAAAGACGUUAGUUUGAACCAACAGCAGUAUUUGAAUACAGAAAGAGGAAGCACUGUUGUUCUCCAUGUUUUUAUUUCUAUUGUUUGUUUGUUUUUUGGACGAGCUUUAAAGAGGCUAAUUUUAAAUAUUCACACAUAUGAAUGGACAGAUUUGGGGACUGUCUCUAUGAUAGAUGUUAUAUACACUGUAAUGUAUUUAUGCUGAAAAUGUUCACUUCUUUCAUCCCAACAUAUGCACAAAGCAGCCUCUGUAUAUCAGAAGUGCCCCACCAGGCCUGCUUUGUGUCUUUACUUUGCCGGUGUGAGAGAUUCAAAGCCUUGUGGCGUCCCUGUGUGAAGUGAAGCAGCAUUUUCGUAAGCAUGACCGUCGAGGUGUUAUGUUGCAGUAUUACGAUAUGAGCAGGUGGAAACCUGCUACCCACAAGAUAUGCAAAAACAAUGCAAUAACUAUGACUGUGUACAAGGUUACUUAAGUAAACGUGUGUGACAGUCUACAAAAAAAAUAUGAAGAAAAUCUUCAUCAAGAUGUAUCAUUUUUCCUUAACUUAAUGGUUUUCGCAUCAGAAAAAAAAAACCUAACAUACUUGAAAUCAGGUUCGUUUCAGUGCAGUCUAGGUAAGUUGUUUUUUCCUGUCUUUUUACGCACUAGGGUUUUGGUUGAGGCAGUGAACUGAAUGAAACCAGUGUUUUUCCUGUUGGUGAAUAAGAAAAUAGUUUCUCAGAGUUGAGAAAUGAAAAAAAAAAUUGUCCUUGAAAAAGCAGCUGACUUCAUGUUCCUGCCUAUUUGUGGCGCCUUCCAUGUGUUGUGCUUUUUGCUUUUUAGGUGAGUUUCUGAAUGGGUUAAGCUCUGUGCUUUAGCUUAAUCAGCACUAAAUGAAGUUUGCAUGUCGAUUAGUUGUUUCAUACUCAUUAAGUAUCAUAUCAUCUUUACAAAUAGUAGCUUUUUCUACCUAUAGUCCACAUAAUAGUAAUUAAUGUCAGUAUUGGAAUUUAAAGCAGCAGAGGGAUAUAUGGUUGAUGAUUUUGCAUAUCUUGUGUCUUAUGGGCUUGUUUUAUUCUUUCUGAGGCUCAAGCCUGAGAUACAUACAGAUAUUUAAACAUAAAAACACUCAAUACAUUACCUUCAAAACAAGCAUUCUUAAACAUGUUUUAAAAAAAUUCUCUCCCUAAUACUUUUCUCUGCAGAUAAUAAACUGAAACAGUGAAGACUUUUUACAAAAAUUACCAAAUAGCUAAUAUUUUUUUUAUAGAAAAAAAAACAUACUUUUAAUUAGUCCUACAAUUAUUAUGUAAAAGGCUAUCAUUAGAAUUUGCAUGAUUAGUACAAGUAUUUUUAAAUACAGGGCAUCAAUGAUCAUUUUAGUUUUUUGUGCCACUUCUACCCACAAAAUGGAAACUGUGGCCCUACUUGAUCCAGUGUUCCAUAAAUCACUGCUGUCCUUGUGUACAUCCAGAGCAGCUGUGCAUCUGAAAUGCUCAGUUCACUCUGGUGCAAUUGACUCCCUCCACAGGUCAAAGUGAAAUAACCAACUCAAGUAAAGGCAAAGAUUGAUAAAGGCUUUAUUUUUCCCACUUUGUCAGAAUGAUGACAAUCUAUAAGGCGGUUGAUGACAAUGGGAAGGCUAUUUGAGGGAAUGAUGUUUUAAUUUCCUACUUUUUGGAUGGUUUGGGAUGGUUUAAGCUCUAACAUGGUGAAUUAUACAUUAAAAUGAUGUUCGGCAUGCAUGGGGUCCUCGCUCUUUAGAGGUAUAAAGUAUUGGUCCUAUAUAGCUGAUUCUGUCUUUUGUCUCACCACUAGCUAAUGAUUGUAUAUUUUUAUAUACUAUAUCUAGCAAAAUGUAUACAAAUAUAAAUAUUUAAUCACCAGAAUGUUUAAAUAAGGAGAAGGAAGCGGACCUAUAUGAGAAUGUAUAUGGACUGGAUGUCUUAUUUAGGCCUAAAGAUAGAUGGAAAUUCCACUUUGAUGAGUGUAUUUUUAACCAAAAGUAAAACCAGAAAUAAUGUAGUUUUCUGAUAAUAAAAAAAAAGGUAACAUUGUUUGAAGUUGCACAUGUAAGGUUAAAAAGAGGGGUGAAAAUCUCUGGCUUAUUUCUGUAAAUUUUAAAAUUAUUGCAAAUUGGAAGCUUUUCAUGGGAAAUGAUGCAAAAAAAUGGGAAAUUGUGAAAAAAUAGAUAUUUGACAUAUUAAGGAAACAUAAGAUAUAUAUAUAGAACAUUUAUGAAUUGAUAGCACAUAUCCUAAACAACAAAAAUGUGUUUUAUAUUAUUCUGGUGCUCCAGGCUCAAACAUGUGGCUUUGAUGGUCCAGGGUUCGAGAUAUAAUCUGUGCAUGGGAUUAAAAAUGUAAGGGCCCUUAAUGUCCCUGCAGUAAGCAUUGUGCUGCAUGUGAUUGAGAGGUGUCACAGAUUAUUGUGUUGCACAAAGCUGAAAUGUAUAUCCUCCCAAACUAAUUUACCUAAAUGUCUGACAAGAGCCAACCUGUGCUAGUCUAAAAUCAAGUUUCAAUCCUAUUUAUCCCUGUUCAUACCCAUGAAUUCACCAAAAAUCCUCCUUAUUCCCAUGGAGAGUUUCCAACUUUGAAAAUUCAGAAAAUAUUGCAACUACAUUGUGUAGCCUAUAAUUCAUAUAAACACUUGGAUCAUUUUCAUUUUGGAUUUAUCAAACUUUUUGGAUAUUUCUGCAAAACUAAUGUUUUUUUGUCUAAACCUCAAUAAAAAACUAGGGCUUUUAAUUAAUUGUUAGACCUCACAGCAGAUCAGCCGGCAGAUCUGAAAUCUAACAGACUUAAGCUUUUUGCAUUGCAUUUGCAUCAACCUAUCGACUGCUUGUCCACACAGGUCAGUGUCUGCUCUUCAACUCCAACUGUAGCAGCAAGAGACAGGUCUCUCUUGAGGUAGUCCUACAUCAGCAAAACACGCAUUAUCCUAGCAACAAACCAAAAAAAUAGAAAAUAAACUUCUAAAAAGGACUAGAUUUUCAUAUAUUGUGAACCAUCAUAAUAGUGUAGCUUCUAUGCGUAUCUCUGAGGUGCAUUUGGGGGACCUAAACUGCAUCUAUAUAGAUUUGUAACCAUAUAUUUAAAAGAAUGGAGAAUAUAAGAAGGUUUAUGUCUGGUUAAUUGAUUUCAGCUUUAAAGUGAUAUGAUGCUACUGCUACUUUUUACACAACAGGUUCUACGUG